AUGCAUAGAUUAGGAGUUUUUGUAUGGGAAGUGAAGCUCUGGAUUACAGCAUGUGGACAGGCAAAUGGUGCUUGGAGGGUCAUUGUAAACAAUGUUACUGGUCAUACAUCCACUGUACAUAUAUAUCGAGAAAUGGAGGAUGCCACCACUCAUAAAGUGGUUUACAAUUCAGUCACAGUAAAGGGUCCACUGCAUGGUGUACCAGUGAACGAAAACUAUCAACCUUUGGGAGUUAUUGACCGAAAACGUCUCGCAGCAAGAAAGAGUAGCACCACAUACUGCUAUGAUUUUCCCCUUUUUUUCAUAUGCACCGUCAAGACGCAAUGGCUUGAUCAGAAACAUGUUGUUUUUGGCCAAGUUUUGGAAGGCAUGGACAUUGUUAGAUUGAUUGAAUCGCAAGAGACAGAUCGUGGUGAUCGUCCACGAAAGAAGGUUGUUAUCAGUGACUGUGGUGAGCUGCCAAUUGCUUGA